AUGGAUCCAGAGCUCGAUAAAGUUACAUUCAGUUUUAUUGAUUACUGUGUAUUCGGUUCAAUGCUCGGAAUAUCCGCGGUCGUUGGUGUGUAUCACGCAUACAGAGGCCGCAAAAAUCCGGAUGCUGUCAAGGAGUAUCUCGCCGGCGGACUAAAAAUGUCCGUUUUUCCCGUCAGUAUGUCUCUGAUUGCCAGUUGGGUAUCCGGGACGUCGCUACUGGGGUUCACCGAAGAGAUAUACGUUUUCGGAACCCAGAUAUUGACAGCACUCAUACCAGAAGUUCUCGUUUGUUUAACUUCGAUAUUUGCUUUUUUGCCGGUUUUCUAUCGACUGGAGGUCUCCUCUUCGUAUGGGUUUUUGGUAAUACCAAUAAUAAUGUACGUUCCAACAAUAUCUCUUCACCAAGUGACUGGAAUAAAUUUCAACACAAUAACAACAGUCGUGUGCUUUGUUUGCAUUUUCUACACGACGUUAGUAAGUAUAAAGAGUAAACAGUUGAAAAAAAAGGUAGCGAUUGCGGAGGUGACAGUGAGAAAUUGUUUGUUUCAGGGCGGAUUGAAAGCGGUCGUUUGGACAGACACCAUUCAAACCCUUGUAAUGUAUGGUGGUACUAUAACUAUAUGUAUUAUCGGAACUUAUCAGGUCGGCGGAGUCGCUAAAGUAUGGGAAAGAAACAACGAGUCGGGGAGAAUUCAAUUUUUUAAUAUGGACUUUGACCCGACGAUAAGGCACACUUUUUGGUCGACUGUAAUUGGGAGCUAUUUCCAUGUACUCUCGGAGAGCGCCGUCAGUCAAAUAACUGUUCAAAGAUAUCUCGCGAUCCCGGACAUAAAAAAAUCCAGCAUAAUGAUAAUGAUCAUGUCAAUUGGGAUAGUAUGUUUCGACUUGAUUACAAUUUACUUGGGGUUAAUGAUUUAUGCAGCAUUUUACGACUGUGACCCAGUAACGACCCAACAAAUUCAUAAAGCUGAUCAGUUAUUGCCGCUAUUUGUGAUGAAAAUAAGUAAAUCAAUUUUGGGAUUACCGGGGAUAUUUAUUGCAAGUAUUUUUAGCGCAGCUUUAAGUACAAUGUCUACGGGAUUAAAUUGUAUGUCUGGAUUAGUUUACGAAGAUAUUAUUAAGCCGUGGAUAAAAAAACCAUUGUCGCCGGUAGCUGCCACUCGACUCAUUAGAUUGUUGGCUGUUAUCAUCGGCGUUACGUGCACGGGAUUGGUUUUUCUUGUGGAAAAACUACGAAGUAUUCUUCAAACUACGAGAAGUUUGACGGCGAUAACCAGAGGUCCAAUAUUGGGAAUUUUCACACUAGGAAUGUUUUUUCCCAACGCGAAUUCAAUCGGUGCAUUGACGGGUGCAGUGACAAGUAUGAGUAUCGUUGCAUGGAUAUCGUUUAAUUCUCAAGCGUUGAUAUCUGCUGGGGUAAUUAAUUUUCCGAAAAAACAGGUAUCUAUUGAAGGGUGUCCAGAAGAUUUAUUGCGUAAUAUCGUUAAUACUUCCGUUGUUAAUAACUCAUCGAGCUUAGACCCUUUUAUUUUGUACCGAAUUUCGUAUCUCUGGUACACAUUUAUAGGAUUUUUGUCGACCGUUAUCGUUGGAGUGAUUGUUUCGGGAUUUACGGGAGGAAAUAAAUGUAAAUAUGAGGAUAAAAAAUUAUAUACACCGAUAGUACAUUGGCUAUUGUUUCGAAACAACCCCUCAAAGCCGAAUGACAGAGAACUCGAUACUAUGAAAAAUAUUGAUGCAUAG